GUAAAAGGGCUUCAGUUCAAAGCAAUUGAAUCUAAAAAUUUCCAGUUUUUAAUUUUGAGAAAACUAAAAGAACCGAAGGAAAUUAACGGAUCGGUAGUAAUUCGUUUGAUCUGGCGACAAAUUUCAAUUCUAAAACUGAGGAAUAAGGGUUUCUCUCUUUUCAUCCCUUACUCUCUUUAGAUUUAUUUGAUUUCGUUGUUCUUUUCAUUUUCUUUUGUUAAAAAAUGAACGAUCAGUCUCAGAUGAUGAAUCAGCCUCCGCAAAUGAUGAUGAACAAGGUCCAUGUCCAAGUUCCAGUUAAGCCGCAGAUGAUGAAUCAGUCUCAUCAGUUGAUGGCGUCGGUGGCUCACUCUCAGGCGAUGAACCAAUUUGCGGCAGCGCAGUCGCAGCCCGUUAGUUCUGGUCCUCCGAUGAUGUUGAAUCGAAGCUUUAAGCCCUGGCAAUCUCAGGACCCAAACCAAAACCCUAACCCUAACAAGAAAUUUUCUUCUUUCAAUCGUAAUAACAAUUGGAAGGGCAAAAAGGUUUCUUUCGGUAAAGAUUCUUGGAAAUUUGAGAAUAAGCCUUUAUCCAUGGGCUCUGGUUCUGCUAUUUCUUCUGUGACCGCUAAUUCAGGGGGUAAUACUCAAGGAUACAAGCCUCCAACUCUUAACGAGCUACAAAAUCAGAACCGGUUAAAAGCCAGAAAAUUCUACGGCAACAAGAAGAAAUUCAAUCACGGCAACAACCGGUUUGCUCCUUAUGCUCCGCGGAAUACAACUUCGUUUAUAAUCCGAGCAAAAAAUUCUGGUGGAAUAGCUUCUUUGGUGUCGCCAUGUCCUGUGACUCCCGCUGUUCUUCCUACGCCAAUAUUUUCGCCAUCAAGGGAGGUUUUGGGUGACAUGGCCAAGGAAGAAUGGGGUGUAGAUGGUUAUGGGUCAAUGAAAGGGUUGAUUCGGCUUCGUUCACCUGAAACUGGUCAUGAUGACGAUGAAGAUGAGGAUGGGGGAAAUGGUGGGGAUUCAAGUGAGAGUGAUGUCGAAGAACACGUGGAAGUGGAGAGGAGAUUGGAUCAUGAUUUAAGUAGGUUCGAGAUGAUAUAUCCUAGUUAUGGAGGUGAUUAUAACAAUGUUUUGGAAAAUAGAGUGGAUGAUCAAGAUACGCAUAUAGCUCAAUUGGAAGAAGAGAAUUUGACAUUAAAAGAAAGGUUGUUUUUGAUGGAGAGGGAAUUGGGAGAUUUGAAGAGGAGGUUACAGUUUUUAGAAAGGCAGAGUCAGAUAGUGGAAAAUGUUAAUGAGGAGGUAGUGGAGAAUGGAUCAGAUAACGAGAGUGAAGAUGGUGGCUCUGAUCUUAGGGUGGUUACCAGUGCUGCUGCUCAUAAUAAUGUGGAAAUGCUGGGAUUUGCUGCUGAAAACACUAGAAACGUUGAUUGUGUUAUGGAGGAGAACAAUAAUGGUGGAAUUCCACGGGAUGAAAUUCUAAUGGAUGCUUUUAUGGAUGAUAUUGCAAGACAAAAUGAGCUAAAUGGUGAAAGGAAAGAUGAGUUAGAGCCUCAAGAUGACAUGGAGGGAAUUAUUCGGGACAAGGGAAAUGAUGCCGAGGUUGAUGAAGCCAGAUGCAAUAAGUUCGUGGAAGAGAAGACUGUUGGAGAAGACAAGGACGAAUUUGUGGAGGAUAAGACUGUUGAAGAGGACAAGGGCGAGUUUGUGGGGGAGAAGACUGUUGAAGAGGACAAGGUUGAGUCGAGGUGUGAAGAAACUAGCAAUGAGGCUUCUGAUGACUCUGAAACAAAGAAAGAGGAAGUGCACUUGUGAAGAACAUUGGCGAAGUUGACUGACUGGUUUAACUUGUCUGGGGUAAUGUAUGACUUGGGAAUCUUUGGAUUAUGGUUACUGAAACGUGCAACUUCUGGAUAUAUGUGUCCUUAGUAGAUUUAGUUUAGGAUAGUUCUUAGCGUUGUUUUUACACUUUCUUAGUUUUACAGGGUAAAGAGAGGAUGCAUGGCCUUUGCUCUCCUUUCACUGCCCUCAUAUGCUCUAGGAAGUAGGCAACCUUUCUGGCUUUUUUCUGUUCCCCCUCAUUUUAUCUUCCUUUUUGUUUGGAAAGGGAUAAAAGGGGUCGGGUAGGAAAGGGGGAGUUUAUUUCUUUAGCUGGAAGAGUUUAAUCCAUAAAAGUUCUUCUGUUACAGGCAUAUGCUUGUGUUGAUUUCAACUUCUUCACUGUUUGAAAAAGAACCAUCUAGUAUGUAAGGUAAAUUUGUGCUUGAUGUAUUUGUGAUUGUUU